GGUGACCGCUAGUAACCCUGCACACUGCGCCGGCUAUAAAAGGAACUCCGCCAGAUAACCGCACGCUGCCGGGGAUUUUUUUCUUCUUCUUCUUUUUCUCUCCAAGGCAGAGAGGGGGAGACAGUGUGCAGGACAUAUCCAGUCAGUGCACGCCAGGGGAAGCAUCACAUCUGUUGUGUCCGGGCUGCAGCAUACACCAGUCCCAUGAGCGUGGCUGUGCUGAGGGGCUACUGAUGAGGGGGCUUUCUUCUGAGGAGCCGUCACCCUGGGCACAAGUUAAUGAGCAACCCAACGUCUCUGGUACUGCAAGCUCUUCUGCCCGAGCAGCAGAGGUGAAGCAGUGUGGACUCUCAGGGAGAAGGAAGAUGACUUACUGUACUCAACUAGGACUGCUCCUCUGGAAGAACUUCACCUACCGGCGGAGGCAGACUUUGCAGCUGCUGGUUGAAAUAGCUUGGCCACUUUUCAUCUUCUUCAUUCUGAUCUCUGUACGACUUUCUUUUCCACCUUACGAACAGCAUGAAUGCCAUUUCCCCAACAAAGCAAUGCCAUCUGCCGGCACACUGCCGUGGGUACAGGGGAUUAUUUGCAAUACCAAUAAUCCAUGUUUUCGAUACUCAACACCAGGGGAGUCGCCAGGAAUUGUUGGGAAUUUCAAUAGGUCCAUAGUUUCUCGAUUGUUUUCUGAUGCAAGAAAAUUGCUGCUAUACAGUCGAAAAGACACAAGUGGGAAGGACUUGCAUAAGUUUCUGACAAGUUUGCAUAGAUUUCGAGGUACAGGUAUGAAACUUAGGGAUUGCCUAAUGGAUAAUGAAAAAUUCACAACUUUUCUACAGCAAAACAUAAGCAUGCCUUCCAUCGUGGUGGAGGAAAUACUAAAUGCUGAUCUCAAAGUGGAGCAGGUUCUGAUAUCUGGAUUUCAAAUACGCUUGAAAGAUCUCUGCAAUAGCUCUAGAUUGGAGGAGUAUGUGACCAUUCACAAUGAAGAAGUUGCGAAAUUCAGCCAGUCGGUGAUAUGUGCGCUUCCUGAAGACAAGCUCAACCUUUUGGAGCAUCAGUUUCGCUCCAACAUUGACCUUCUCAAGCCCAUCACUAAAGAAAUGUCAUCAAACUCUUUCCCCAUUCUAAGAGAGGUUACAGAAAACAUGCUGCACAGCAUGGGAGAUCUUGCCAAAGAGGUUAUUGGGAUGAAGAGUUGGGCUGACAUGAGGCAGGAGGUUAUGUUCCUUACCAGUGAGAACUCUACAGCUUCACCAACCUCCCUAUAUCAAGCAGUGUCCCGAAUUGUAUGUGGUCAUCCUGAGGCAGGGGGUCUAAAGAUCAAAUCCCUCAACUGGUAUGAAGAUAGCAACUAUAAGACACUAUUUGGAGGAACCGAAGGAGGAGAGAAUGGCACAGAGGAAGAGUCAUCAGCCAUCUAUGAUAAUUCUACAACUCCUUAUUGCAAUGAGCUGAUGAUGACCCUGGAGUCCAACCCUCUGUACAGGAUGGUCUGGAGAGCACUGAAACCAUUACUGAUCGGCAAAAUCCUCUAUACGCCAAACACACCAGCCACACGUAUGUUAAUGUCAGAGGUCAAUAAAACUUUCCAAGAGCUGGGUGUGUUUCGAGAUCUCGGAGCAAUGUGGGAAGAAGUUCGUCCACAGAUCAAAACGUUCCUGGAGAGCAGUAAAGAGAUGGAUCUUAUCAGGACUCUGUUGACCAAUAAGGGCAGUAAACACUUCCUGGAUCGCCAGCUAAAUUCAACAGGUUGGACAUCAGAAGACAUUGCAAGGUUCUUGGCCAAAGAAUCGGUAGGACAGUCUGAGGGUAAAACCUUGUACACCUGGCGAGAAGCACUCAAUGAGACUGACCGUGUUGUGCUGACUAUGUCACGGUUCAUGGAGUGUGUCAAUCUGGACAAGAUAGAACCAGUGGAUAAUGAAGAAAUUCUUAUUCACACGUCCAUGUUGCUUUUAAAUGAAAGGAAGUUCUGGGCAGGUGUUGUUUUUGUUGACUUGCCAGAAGAUGAUACUUUACUACCUCAACACAUCAAAUAUAAAAUCCGAAUGGACAUCGAUAAUGUGGAGAGAACCAACAAGAUUAGAGAUGGUUACUGGGAUCCGGGUCCUCGUGCUGAUCCAUUUGAAGAUAUGCGCUAUAUCUGGGGUGGAUUUGCCUAUCUACAGGAUGUCAUUGAACAGGCAAUCAUUAGAGUACAGACUGGCACAGAGAAGAGGACAGGAAUAUAUGUUCAGCAGAUGCCCUAUCCUUGUUACGUAGAUGACAUAUUUUUACGUGUCAUGAGUCGAUCCCUGCCCUUGUUCAUGACAUUAGCUUGGAUCUAUUCUGUUGCUGUAAUCAUUAAGGGAAUUGUAUAUGAAAAAGAGGCUCGUCUAAAAGAGACCAUGCGGAUCAUGGGACUGGACAAUGGCAUUCUGUGGCUCAGUUGGUUUAUAAGCAGCCUCAUUCCACUUCUUAUAAGUGCGGGGCUGUUGGUGUUGAUCCUUAAGACUGGAAACCUUUUGCCAUACAGUGACCCAAGUGUGGUAUUUGUCUUCUUGUCUAUCUUUGGAGUAGUGACCAUCUCCCAGUGUUUCCUGAUAAGCACCAUUUUCUCCAGAGCCAAUUUAGCAGCAGCCUGUGGUGGCAUCAUUUACUUUACACUUUACCUACCCUAUGUAAUUUGUGUUGCGUGGCAAGACUACGUGGGCUUCACUCUCAAGAUUUUUGCUAGCUUCUUGUCACCUGUCGCAUUUGGGUUUGGUUGUGAGGUAUUUUCACAGUUUGAAGAACAAGGAGUUGGUGUACAGUGGAGCAAUCUGUUAGAUAGUCCUCUGCAAGAAGAUGGGUACAGUCUGACUACGUCUUCCUUCAUGAUGCUGUUUGAUACACUUUUGUAUGGAGUGAUGACUUGGUAUAUUGAAGCCGUCUUUCCAGGCCAGUAUGGAAUUCCCAGAUCUUGGUAUUUCCCAUUCACAAAGUCUUAUUGGUGUGGAGAACCAAAACAGAUACAUCAUAACAGUUCUUUACAGAGGGAAUCGUCUGAAGUUUGCAUGGAGGAAGAACCUUGUCAUCUUUCACUAGGAGUCUCCAUUCAGAAUCUGGUAAAAAUUUAUCGAGAUGGAAAGAAAGUGGCCGUGGAUGGCUUGUCACUAAGCUUCUACGAAGGACAGAUCACAUCAUUUCUGGGACAUAAUGGAGCUGGAAAAACUACCACUAUGUCCAUAUUAACAGGCUUGUUCCCACCAACCUCUGGAACUGCCUACAUCUUGGGAAAAGACAUUCGCACUGAGCUCAACUCUAUUCGACAGAAUUUGGGAGUUUGUCCUCAACAUAACGUCCUCUUUGACAUACUCACUGUUGAAGAACACAUCUGGUUUUAUGCACGACUGAAAGGGCUUUCUGAAGAAAAAGUAAAAGCUGAGAUGGAACAGAUUAUAAAUGAUGUUGGCCUCCCUAAUAAGAAAAAGUGCAAAACAAGUCAGCUGUCAGGUGGUAUGCAGAGAAAACUGUCUGUAGCCUUGGCUUUUGUUGGUGGAUCAAAGGUUGUCAUCCUUGAUGAGCCCACAGCCGGCGUUGACCCAUAUUCACGAAGAGGCAUUUGGGAUCUGCUACUUAAAUACAGACAAGGAAGAACAAUUAUCCUUUCCACACAUCACAUGGAUGAGGCUGACAUCCUGGGAGAUCGAAUUGCUAUAAUCUCACAAGGCAAAUUGUGCUGUGUAGGAUCUUCUCUGUUCCUGAAGAACCAACUAGGCACUGGCUAUUACCUUACAUUAGUGAAGAGGGACACAGACUCCUCCCUUAGCUCCUGCCGGAACAGCAGCAGUACAAUGUCUUACUUGAAAAAGGAAAGCAGCAGAUCAGCUCUUGAUUGCAAACAGAAUAGGAGCCUGAUGCUGGCAACGCCAACAGGAGCGGGGACCACAGAAGCGGUGAUUAUUAAAAAUAGCAAACAAACCACGCAUCGGAAGAGAGAAACCAAGAGUAGGGAGGAUAGCGUGUCUCAGAGCAGUUCUGAUGCUGGACUGGGCAGUGACCAUGAAAGUGAUACUUUGACAAUAGGUCUCACAGAUGUCUCUGCCAUUUCAAACCUCAUCAACAAACAUGUCCCUGAAGCCCGCUUUGUAGAAGAUAUUGGACAUGAACUCACCUAUGUCUUGCCUUACGAGGCUGCAAAAGAAGGUGCAUUUGUUGAGCUUUUCCAUGAAAUUGAUGAUCGUUUGUUUGACCUUGGCAUCUCCAGCUAUGGCAUCUCAGAUACCACUCUUGAAGAGAUAUUCCUUAAAGUGGCUAAUGACACGGGAGUUGAUGCGGAGACAUCAGAUGGGACACUACCUGCCAGGAGGAAAAGAUAUGCUUUUGGAGACCACCAGAGCUGCCUACGACCUUUCACAGAAGACGACAAUCUAGAAACCAAUGAUUCUGAUUUGGAUCCAGAAUCGCGAGAGACAGAUUAUCUCAGUGGCAUAGAUGGAAAAGGGUCCUACCACAUGAAAAGCUGGAGCCUGAUGAGACAGCAAUUUACAGCCUUACUUUGGAAGAGGUUACUCUAUGCCAGGCGCAGUAGAAAAGGCUUCUUUGCACAGAUUGUGUUACCAGCUGUUUUUGUGCUCAUUGCACUGCUGUUUAGCCUCAUUGUGCCACCUUUUGGAAAAUACCCCAGCCUUGAGCUCCAUCCCUGGAUGUAUGAUGAACAAUUUACCUUUUUCAGCAAUGAUGCCCCAGAGGACUCUGGCACACAAGCUCUUAUAAAAGCUUUGCUCGAAAAGCCUGGCUUUGGAACAGCAUGCAUGGAUGGAUAUUCUAUUCAGGGUGUUCCUUGCUCGGGGGAGGACUUAGAAUGGAGGACUCAGUUUGUCCCAGAGUCUGUGGAAGAGAUUUUUCUUAAUGGCAAUUGGUCAAUGGAAAACCCUUCUCCGGCCUGCGAGUGCAGUAAUGAAAAUGUCAAGAAGAUGCUUCCAGUUUGUCCUCCUGGGGCUGGGGGCCUACCACCUUUUCAGAAAAAGCUAAAUUCUUCAGUUGUCCUGCAAAACCUGACAGGAAGGAACAUAUCUGAUUAUCUAGUAAAGACUUAUGCUCAAAUUAUUGGAAAAAGCUUAAAGAACAAGAUCGCGGUGAAUGAGUUUCGGUAUGGUGGUUUCUCCCUUGGUGCAAGUAGCACCCCAGCAUUACCACCAAGUGAAGACGUUUUGGCCUCCAUUAAACACAUCAAGAAACAACUGGACAUCUCAAAGAAUGGGGCUGCUAACCGUUUCCUUGAUAGCUUUGGGACAUUUAUGAAAGGACUCGAUGCAAAAGAUAAUGUGAAGGUGUGGUUUAAUAACAAAGGAUGGCAUGCUAUCAGCGCUUUCCUUAAUGUGAUGAACAAUGCCAUCCUCCGCUCCAGACUACCUGAGGGAAAGGAUGCUGCCAAAUAUGGGAUUACAGCCUUCAAUUAUCCUUUAAACCUCACCAAAGAACAGCUAUCGGAGGUUGCACUGAUGACCACGUCAGUAGAUGUCCUGGUUUCCAUCUGUGUCAUUUUUGCAAUGUCAUUUGUGCCAGCCAGCUUUGUAGUUUUCCUGAUCCAAGAGAGAGUGAGCAAAGCCAAACAUUUGCAGUGUAUUAGUGGAGUGAAGCCUGUGAUCUACUGGCUGGCCAACUUUGUGUGGGAUAUGUGUAACUACAUUGUGCCAGCAACAUUGGUCAUUAUAAUAUUCAUCUGCUUCCAGCAAGACUCCUAUGUAUCUUCUUCCAAUUUACCAGUGUUGGCACUUUUACUUUUGUUAUAUGGGUGGUCCAUAACUCCUCUGAUGUACCCAGCAUCCUUUAUUUUUAAGAUCCCCAGCACAGCCUAUGUGGUGUUAACAAGCAUCAAUCUUUUCAUUGGGAUCAAUGGCAGUGUGGCCACGUUUGUACUUGAACUUUUUACAAAUAAUAAACUAAACCACAUCAAUGACAUUUUGAAGUCAGUGCUGCUCAUCUUCCCUCAUUUCUGUCUUGGAAGAGGACUCAUAGAUAUGGUGAAGAAUCAGGCUAUGGCUGACGCUCUAGAAAGAUUUGGAGAAAAUCGCUUUGUCUCUCCUAUGUCCUGGGAUCUGGUUGGGAGAAAUCUCUUUGCCAUGGCUGUAGAAGGAGUGGUGUUUUUUGUCAUAACUCUGCUGAUUCAGUACCGCUUUUUCAUCAAACCAAGGCCAGUGACUGCAAAGCUUCCUCCAGUAAUUGACGAGGAUGAAGACGUGGCGAGAGAGAGGCAGAGGAUAACGAAUGAAGGGGGUCGGAGUGACAUCUUGGAAAUAAAAGGACUGACAAAGAUCUACAGAAUGAAAAGAAAGCCAGCUGUAGAUAGACUGUGUGUGGGAAUACCCCCAGGAGAGUGUUUCGGCCUGCUUGGGGUUAAUGGCGCUGGUAAGACUACUACAUUUAAGAUGCUCACUGGAGAUACUGAUGUGACUGCUGGAGAAGCCUUCCUGAAGGGACACAGUAUCUUGUCUGAUAUUCAUGAAGUCCAUCAGAAUAUGGGUUACUGUCCUCAGUUUGAUGCCAUCAACGAGCUGCUGACAGGCCGGGAGCAUCUGGAAUUGUAUGCCCUUUUGCGUGGGGUGCCUGACAAGGAGGUUUGCAAGGUUGCUGAAUGGGCUGUGCGGAAGCUAGGCUUAGUGAAAUACUCAGACAAAUGCGCAGGAUCCUACAGUGGAGGAAACAGGCGUAAAUUGUCUACAGCUAUUGCCUUAAUAGGAGGACCGCCUGUAGUAUUUCUGGAUGAACCAACCACAGGAAUGGAUCCUAAAGCAAGGCGCUUCUUAUGGAACUGUGCCCUGAGCGUUAUUAAAGAAGGAAGAUCCGUUGUGUUAACUUCACACAGUAUGGAAGAAUGUGAAGCUCUCUGCACAAGAAUGGCUAUAAUGGUCAAUGGCAGAUUCAGAUGCCUGGGGAGCGUACAGCAUCUAAAGAAUAAGUUUGGUGAUGGGUAUACCAUCAUAGUGAGAAUAACCGGAUCAAACCCUGAUUUGAAGCCUGUGGAGGACUUUUUCAACCAUGCUUUCCCAGGGAGCGUUUUAAAAGAGAAACAUAGAGGAAUGCUGCAGUACCAGCUGUGCUCUUCACAGUCCUCCUUGGCCAGGAUCUUCAGCAUCCUUUCCAAGAACAAGAAAAGACUUCACAUUGAAGAUUAUUCAGUCUCUCAGACCACUCUUGACCAAGUGUUUGUUAAUUUUGCCAAGGACCAAAGUGAUGAUGAUCUUUUGAAGGACUUGUCAUUACACAAAAACCAGACUGUAGUAGAUAUGUCCGUCCUGACAUCUUUUCUUCAGGAUGAGAAGGUAAAAGAAAGCUACGUGUGA